CACGGGCACAGCUGAGAAACACCUGGGUCGAAUUCUCUUCGGCGCCUGGCGUAAUCCAGGGAGGUAUUGCUGCUGCAAAUAAUCUCACAGGAAAACAAUUCUUAGACAUGUUGCACAUCUUAUUCUUCGCACCUGGUGGGUUCGAGACGCGUCGAUAUCGUUCACGCUUAGCCUUGAGGCCUACAGACACAAGGAUACAACAUGGUCGCUAUAUUCUUACGCCCUAUACUCCAGGAGAAACUACGGUCACCACCGAUGAUCGCUAUUACCCUCGUACACUUUCAAUCUCAGCGGCAACCAGAGAACUUGCGUUCCGAGACCAGAUUCGUACGCGAGAUGGCCGGUGCGUUAUAACUGGUCGGAUUAAUCGUCAAGGACACGUGGGGAUAUGGACUGGGUAUGAAGCAGCCCACAUAUUCCCACUUGCACUGGACACUAUAUUUCAGAGCCAUGGGUUCUCAAACCUCAUCACAUACAACAACCCCCCAGGGAUAAAAUCACCCCAGAAUGGAAUUUUACUUCGCAAUGACAUUCACGCCCAUUGGGACCAAUACGCAAUCGCCGUGAACCCAAGCGAUGGAUACAAGAUCCAAAGCUUCACACCGGAAACGUGGGACUACCAUGGGAAAGUUCUACACCCCGUUUGCCGGCAGCGAGGUCACCAAAUGGCUGUCGUUGAUGCACUACUACACUGGCACUAUGAGCAAGCGGUACUAUGUAACAUGCGUGGGGCUGGUGAACCGACGUUUGAAUUUGACUUUCCACCGGGCACUGAUAUGAUGGGAGAAAUCCGCAAUGGCCCCCAGCCCGCCGAACGGAUGGAGGCAGAACUAUUUGGUCGGUUGCAUGGACUUUAUCAAGCUGAGUCGUCACCGCCAUGAGGUAGUAUUUUUUCGAAGAGCGUUUUGUGUGCCCAGUGAAUUUGGCGGAAGCAUUGGGUUACUACCGGGAAGACAGUGUGGUAUAUCCUACUGCUCUAAAGGUUCAUCUAUUCCACA